AUGGCCCGCGCGGCCAACAACACCCUGCUCAUGGGCAAGCACUUAAUCAUGGCCAGGAGCUUGCUGGCGCCCGCGCUACGUGAGGGGAUUGCGAGGCUGCUCCAUGGCAGCCUGUCCACUCUGGGCGAUGCCAUGUCCGCGCAUAGCCGAAGCUUCACGACAGGCAACGGUAACGGUGGCGCAGACAGCUUGUUCAUCUCCGAUAUCAACCUUUCAGGGCACCGCACUCCGCUUCUGCUUGGAUUAAUGAACUACUUCGAGAAGCACCUGCCCAAAGUGGGUUACUUCCAGCCCAUUACAGGAAGACCAUCUCCAGACUCAAAGCUGAAAGCGGAUCGAACCCUCGAACUUAUGCAUAGUGUGUUCAAGAUGACUUGUGAACCAGAUCACAUGGUUGGCGUUCAGGAAGCGGAGGCUGCGCGGCUCAUUGCGGCUGGCAAGCAGGCGGAGCUUCUUGACCGCAUUUAUGCUGCGUACGUGUCGUACAAGGAAGGCCAUGAUGUCGUACUGGUGGACGGUCCGGGGCAGAUGAUGGGUGACACGGAGCUGGACGCGCAGAUCGCCUCGGCGCUGGGCAGUCCAGUUCUGAUGGCCAUGAUGGGCAACCACAGCUUUGUGGCGGAUGACUACUACCAGGCCGCGGUGUUCAAGGACUGCAAGGUGGAGGUGCUCGGACUGGUGCUUCACAAUCUCCCCCGCGGCCAUCAUGCCAUUCUGACCUCCCAGCUGCAAACCAAAUUGGAGCGAGUGGGGCUGCCCUUUGCCGGCGCCCUGCCGGAUGACCCCCUGCUGUCUAGUGUCAGGCUGGAUGACGUACGUCUGGCGCUGUCCGCUGAACAGUUGUACGGCGACUCCUUGCUCACUGACGUGGAGUUUGAUGAUGUUGUGGUUGCCAGUCAGCGGCUGGAGGAGCUGUUGGAGGUGCUGGGGGAGAGGCCGGGAGGCAGGCCGCUCGUGGUGACCUCCGCUGACCGACUGGACAUCGUGUUGGGGUUGUUGGCGGCGCAGCUGUCCGUGAAGGGCCCGGGGGUGGCGGGGGUGCUGCUCACGCAAGCGGGGACACAGCGGGCGGGCAGGAACUAUGCAAAGUCCACGGUCGACACCAUCUUCGCGGGUCUGGCCCACAGCGGGCUGUACCAGGGCACCCUGCUGCCGGUGCUGUCCACGGACCGGCCGCUGCGGGAGGCGCUGGCCAUCAUGGACCGACUGGACGCCGCCAUACUGCCGGACUCCACACGCAAGGUUGAGAGGAGCAAGCAUGUCGUACUCCCUGAAUCCGUGGACAAGCGUGUAUUGGCUGCCGCCGCGGAGGCCACCGCCCGAGGCCUGGCCCGCAUCACGCUGCUGGGUGACCCCGCCACCGUCGCCUCGGAGGGGAAGAAGCUCGGACUGGACCUUGGCGGGUGCAGGGUGGUACACCCAGCGUCCUCGGACCGUUUGGACACCUACAUCUCUAUGCUGGUGGAGGCGCGGAGGCAGAAGGGCAUGACGGCCGAGCGGGCGGCGGACCUGCUGCUGGGUGAUAUUAAUUUCUUUGCCACCAUGAUGGUCGCGGCGGGUGACGCGGACGGCAUGGUUUCGGGAGCCAUACACACCACCGCCUCCACCAUCCGCCCCGCACUUCAGGUGCUCAAGACCCCCGACAUGCCCCUCGUGUCUUCAGUGUUCUUCAUGUGUUUGCCGGACCGGGUCCUGGUGUACGGCGACUGCGCCGUCAACGUGAACCCCUCCGCCAGCGACCUGGCAAGCAUCGCCAUCACCUCGGCCGACACCGCCGCCGCCUUUGGCAUCGAGCCGCGUGUCGCCAUGCUGUCGUACUCGACUCUGGGCUCCGGAUCCGGCCCCGACGUUGAGAAGGUGACGGAGGCUGUGGCGCUGGUCAAGUCCCGGCGGCCUGAUAUCCUGGUGGAGGGACCCAUCCAGUACGACGCCGCCAUUGACCCGGCGGUGGCGGCGGUCAAGGUCAAGGGAGGGAGUGAAGUGGCGGGCAAGGCCACGGUGUUUGUGUUUCCGGAUCUAAACACCGGUAACAACACGUACAAGGCGGUGCAGCAGAGUACCGGAGCUAUUGCCAUGGGGCCUGUCAUGCAGGGGCUGUUGAAGCCGGUGAAUGACCUCUCCCGCGGGUGCACCGUACCGGACAUACUCAACACCGUGUGUGUCACCUCCAUCCAAGCCAUGCAGUUCAAGAAGAGCGCCGCAGCGGCGGCGGCGUCGGCGUCGGGGGCGUCUUCUGCUGCCACAGGUGGCAAGCCGAAUGCGUCCGCUGCAAUAUUGGAGGCAGAGGCCAGCGGAGCAGACAUCCUAGACAACAGCUCGGCGCUCCAAGCCGGUAUCUUCGGAGUGCUAUUCACCGUUACCAAGGAAAAGUACAACACAGGAUGGCGCUUUCUGACACUCAAAUUGGUGCUGGACUAUUUGCAGCUCUUUACGUUGACAUUCACCGACACCGAGCCCUGGGUGUUUGACGACAAGAACAUUCUAUGGAAGGUGGCCCAGACGGUCAAUAUCGACCAGGUCGUUGCACCGCUGGGCUACAACUUCUUUAUUGGUUUGCUGUACAUCAUGGUCGGCUUGCUGAUGUUGAUGAUGGGGCUGUCGCUGUGGGUGGCGUGGUGCUUCAAAAACCGGAGCUUUCCAUCUGUGUGGCCCAUCAAAGUUCUCCGGGUGUAUGCGUAUCUCUUCUUCCAGAUUCUGGAUGUGCUCACUUUGUCGCUGUUCCAAGUGCCUUUUAACUGCCGUUACAUCGGAUACGAUCCAAAGGAGGUUGACUACAUGGCCAACUACCCUGACGUCAAGUGCUCCGCCUUCCCCCAUGUCGUGCACAUGGUCACCAGCGGCUGUGCCCUUCUUGUGUUUGUGGUGUUUGCGCUGCUCAACCUUGGCGCGGACUUUGAGCUGUCCCCGCUGGAGAAGGGGCUGCUGACGGUGGCGAAUGGGCAGGUGGAGGUGCAGGCCUUCGUUGUCAAGUUCGCCAUGACAUUCGUAAGCUACGCAAUCGGCUGGGAGAAAGUACGGCUCGUACUGCUGCUCGUACUCGCUGCCGCGUUGACGUACCUCUACCUUCGCUGGAGCCCCCACCUCGUCUCCUGGGUCAACCACCUUCGUGUCGGGCUGUACACAUCCGUACUGCUGUCCGCCGUACUGGCUGUCGUACUAGUGCACGGCCCAGCGGGGCCGCCGGAGGCGCUUGAGGCGCACCGGCGGCGCAUCACGACACUGCUGUGGGCGCUGAUAGGGCCUGCGGCGCUGCUCGGUGCCGCUGCCAGCUACUGCCGUCUCAAUGUGUGGAGCGCCUACGUGUUGAAGCGGUUUAGGGAAGGGCCCCCUGGAGAGAAGGCCAGGAGGAUUUAUAAAUUUGGGGAUCCACGGGAGGUUGAAAUUGUUAGCCGUGUAUGUCGCAAGUGGGUGGACCAGCACCGGGAGAUCUUGGACAAGAGAGCGGUCAAGGAAGGGGAGAUCAUUAUUAAGGCUGGGCUGCAGCUCUUCCCCGGCCGUUGCUAUAUGCUCAUUCUGUACUCCAACUACCUGAUUGACGUACUGGACAACAGCCAAACCGGCUACAGCCAGAUGGCCGCAGCCAAGCAGGCGGGGCCCGACUGGAUGCAGCGCUUCGCCAUAUUCGCCCGGGAGCAAGAGCAGCUGCAGCGGCUGAGCAGCGCUCGAGGGGGGGAGAGCGGUGUGGAUCUUGUCAGUUAUGUGGAGUACCAGAAAAACCACCGACUGGUGAUUCGGGCACAUAAAGAUGCGCUCAUUGCCACGAGGACGUUUUGGCAGGUGCUCCUUCACAACCACGUUCGUUUCACUGCACUCGCGGCGGCGCUGAAUGAGAUCGAGCGAACGGUACUUAAGGCGGAAUCAGCCUACAAGAUGGUCCUUAGCCGCUACCCUACAAACGCAAAGCUUGCUCGUACGUACGGCAGGUUCCUGGAAAAUGUGGUCAAUAACCCCUGGAAGGCCGCCAAGUACUAUGUGUUGGCUGAACGUUUGACGGAGAUGCAAGAGGCGGACGAGGCGGCGGGGGCGGAGAUGGCGGCCAGCGGCGGCGGCGGUGGCGGCGAGGCCGCCGUUGAGAACCGCCUGCUUCACAGAGUGGACGAGCGAGUGAAUGCCGUAUUCAUCAUUAAUGCCAACGGGAUUAUUCAGAUGGCAAAUAAGAACGCCUGUUCGCUGCUGGGCUACGAAACGGUUUUAAAUACGGUGGUAUCGCUUCCGGCUCUGCACAAAGACCGUUACGUGAUCCCUGUCCGGGUGGGCGUUACGAAGGUGUCGGGCGCUGCGGACAGCAGCACCUUCAUGGGCGUGCUGGAGCCUAUAGCCCAGGAGCGCAACGAGGCCAACGUUUAUCUCCUACCGGGGGGGACUGUGGCCGCAGUGGACCGAGCCUUCGUGGACUGGUUUGCCAAGGAGCUUGACGACUGCAUUGCUCAGCACCUGGCGGACCUCACCGCAGACGAGGCCUCCGCCAUCGCCAUCCGCGACGCCGUCGAGCGCAUCGCCGCCGCCUCCAAGGCCGCCGCCGCCGCUGCCACCGGCGGCGCCACAGCCAACCCCCGCGCCUCCGCCUCCGUGUUUGACGCCGCAGCCGCAGCCGCAGCCGCCGCACGCGCUGCUGCCGCCGCCGCCUCGCAUGAACCGCCACCCAUCAUCCUCCUUCGCCACAAGUACGCGCGUCCCGUACGGGUCUCUGUACGGCUCCAACACGUCGGCGUCGGCUCCGAAGUCCUGCUGUGUGCGACACUCACGCGGACCGACCCGCCGGAUAGUCUCGUACUUGUCGACGGACGCGGCCGCAUCGGCUUCAUCACAUCAGAGCUGGCGGAGGCGCUGGGUGCGACGCCGGAGGGCCUUGCACGUCAGCCCAUAGCCGACUUGCUACCUCAGCCCUGGAACGCCCUCCACGCCAACGGCGGCGGCGGCUGGCUGCGUGAAGCCGAGGCGUCGAUGGGCGGCCUUGGAUCCGAAAUCCAAGGCGAUCAUCAGACGCAUCCGCCGCCGGGGCUCGAGGGCGUGUUGGGCAUGCACCACCUGAUGCACGCCAGCGGCUUUGGCGGCGGCGGCGACUCGUCGUCAGCGGCGCCGUCGCAGCACCAUCGGGUGAGCCAGUUGCAGGUCAUGCAAGCUAGCGGGAGCACGAGCGGCGGCGGCGGCGGCGGCGGCAGGCCGGGCGGCGGUAGGGCCAGCGGCGGAGGUGGCCGGGGGGGAGGUGGCAACGGCACCGGCAGCAACGGCGCCGGGGGGUACGGCAGUGUGACGACGGCUCCGCCGGGUAGCUGCCUGGCGGGUGCUACAGUUGUCCUUGGAUCCAGUUCCAAGGUGCAGGAUUAUUAUAGAGUCGAGGUCAGUCGGCGGGGUGAGACGGUUACCGGGCAGCCCAUGCGCGUGGUCAUGGUCCGGAAGAGCUCUCUGGCAGCGGCGCUGAGUGAGCGGCGGCUGGCGGUGGUGGUGGAUGCGGCCACGGGAACGGUGUUGGAGGCGGGAGACUCGCCGGCGUCGUUGUUUGGUUUCAAGCCCGCAGCCCUCGUGGGCAGAAACAUCGCGGAUGUGGUUUCAGCGUUGCGGCCUCCAACCGUUUCACCGUCAUCAUCGGCAAAUUCAUCAUCGCGAGUGGGCGUUACGCCGCCCAUGGACGAGCGCAACUUGGAGGUGUUGGGUCUCCUACGGGGUGCCUUCAUCAGCCGUCAAACCCGGCCCGCCGUGAUGGAGGUGGAUGUGCUCGUACCCGGCGGCGAAGCCGACGACCCCGGAUUUCAGCGCCACGAAAGCGCGCCCAUCGUUGAGCCUGGCGGAGCCGUGUCCCUGGCGGCGGCGGCAGCGGCAGCGGUAGCCGAAACCAACGGCGGCGGCGGCGGCCUCGCCUCCAGCCCCGGCGUCGCCGACGCCAAUCGUACGGCAACCAAGUCCAUGCUGUACGGCCCAACAUUUAAGGAGAUGCAUGAGCGGGGUUUGUUGUCGGUCGAGGCGGCGGCGACGAUUGAGGCGGGGUUGACGGCACUGACGGGCGGCGGCGGCGGCGGCCGCAGCUGGGGGCCGGCGCAGGCGUGGCCCGCUGGGGAUAUGGCCUCUAAGGCAGCAACGCUGCGGCUUCGAGUUAACCUGUGGCGGGCUGAGGUUCUUGGCGGUGUGCUUGAGGUUGACGGGCAGGGCGAGGUCGUCAACGUGGCCCAUGCCAAGUUGCACCAGACAGGCUUACUUUUCGGACUCAACACCAACCAACUUCCCCGCAUGAGGUUGAGUCGCCUGCUGAAUAUGCCGGUCGGGGACACGACGGGAGCUGAAUCGCAGGGCUCCGUAACAGCCGCCCUCUUCAAUCCGCCCGCGGGCGGCGCCGGCGGCAGCAGCGCCAGUGGUGCCGGCGGCGCCGGCGGCGCGGCCAGCCAGACGGCGGGCAAGGGCGCCGGCGGCGCCGGCGAACUCGAUGGGAGCGCUGCGCGUCGCGGGGUCGGCAGCGACGGCGGGGCGCAACCUGGUAAUGCCGUACAAAGGACAGGGUCUCCGCAAACAAGGGUGGGUGGAGGGGCCAUCGGCUCAGCGCCGCCUUUGAGUGAGCUGGUGGGCUCCAAGGACUCAGAUGACUUGAUGCUGGCUGGCAUCGUGAAGUACGAUGCCGGCGGCGGCACCGCCGUUGGUGCUGCCGUUGCCACCGAUGCCGCCGCCGCCGCCGCCGCUGGCGGCAGCCCUUUUGGGGCGGCCUCUGGGACGGCGACGGCAGACGCCGCCGCCGCCGCUGGCACCCCGUUUUCCUCCUCUGCUGCCGCCACCGGUCUGGACGAGGAUGACGAGUAUGACGAGUCUGAUGACGCUGACGGCGACGGCGACGGCCGUGGCGGAAGCGUCACGGGGAGGUCUCGCGCUCAGGAAAGCGGCGACGGCGAAUGCCGCAGCGUCGACAGCGCUUCCAGCAGCAGCAGCAGUAGCCGCAGCGGCGGCGACAUCCGGCGCGGCAACAGCAGCAACCUGCGGGUCAACGUUGACAGCGGCCCUGCCGCCACCGGCUCCACCGGCCCUUCCGCCAGCGGUGUUGCGCGGCGGCGGAAGGGCCGUCAGGGCUCGGAAGUUGCACCGUCAGCAAGCGGCACUCGGCGCGUCAUCCUGAAUACGCCAUCAAUGAAGAAGGUCGACAGCGGCGGCGGCGGUGGCGGCGGUGGCGGCAGCGGCGGCGGCGGCGGCGGCGGUUCCGGCGGCUACAAUGGCGGCGGACGUCCGCCAUCCCCACUGCCAACGUGGUCAAGCCGACGAGCUGGACGUCCUAGCGCUAUGCUCGACAACCAGCCCUCGCUCCAGUUCAGCGGCAGCGGAGGCGGAGGCGUUGCCGCGGUCACAACGGCGGGUAAAGGUGGCGGUGGAGGCGGAGGCGGAGGCACAGCGCCGUUGGGCCGUCGCACGUCCGUACGGCAUGUCGACUCGGCAAUGCAGCCGCAUCCGGAAUCUAGCAAGGUUGGCGGCGGCGGCGGCGAUGACGGCGGCAACGGCGGCAGCGGAGGUGGCGGCGGAGACGCGCAGGGUGGCCUGUUUGGCGAGCUACAGACCGCGCUGCUGGCCGUGGACGCCGGCGUCGCCGCCAGCGACCAUACCCGUAGCUCCAUUACCCUCGGCGGCAUGGCCGCCAGCGGGGUCGCCGCCGGAGCCCCGGGCGCCCCGGACGACCCGGACGAAGUAGGCAGCCAGGGCAGUGCGGUGUCGGGCAUGGAUGAGGAAGUGGGCGGCGCCGCUCACCAAGCCGAUUACCGGCGUGGUAAACGGUUUAAGAAGUUGGCGGCCAUGUUGGGCAGUCCGCUGGUUCAGAGAGCAGCUCGUGACUUCCGGUGGCAGGCUCUGUUGGCGAAUGUGGCGCAAGUGGUUUCCAACCUCAUAUCAUUUGUACUACUUACGUUGCUGCUGCACACACAGAUAAAGAGCGUGGGGCGACUGACGUACACCGCCAACGGGUUGCUGUUGGCGCAUGAGCUGUUUAUUGACCUUGUGCUUCUGGACAAUUUGCACCGCGGUCUGAUUCCGAACACAUCCUGGUAUGACUCAAAUUCCUUGGCAAAGUUUUCGUCUUCGGUUGAGGCAUCUCUGGUGAGGUUCGAGCAGCACCACUCGUCAUCGUACCUCGACUCGGGUACGGCACGUAUCACGGACGCCGUGCCGUACAAUCCAUCGGAUCUAAUCCAUAACUGGAACUACCCGGCUUGGCCUGUCAUUGACUAUUACAGUGUGGAUCCUCCCCGAGUCGACAUGGUCAACAAGUCGCUUUGGGAGCUGGGUACGAGCAUAUGGGUGCAGGCAUUGGAUGUGCACCACAUGCAGACGAGCCUGGCGGCGGCGAAGCUCCGAAACCGUACCGCCUUCCUGGACGCCCCGCUCCGAAACCUCUCCGCCCCGACCAACAACGACCCCUUCACGGACAUCAUUGUGGCGCGACACUUAGCCGGCGCGUAUACCCGCGACACCACAGACAACAGCAGCAGUAGCAGCAAUGGCAGCAGUAGCAGCAACAUCAGCUGGGUGACGGGGAUCUGGACGGUGCCGGGAGAGGAUGGGCAUGGCGGCGGCGGCGGCAGCGGCAGCAGCAGCAGCACCGCGGUGGUGAAUUGGACGGUGCCCCUGCUGAACCCGGGUCUCUCUUGGAGCGAUGCCUGGCGGUUCGUCCUGUCGGCUGGACCCACGCAGCUGUAUCAAGGCUACCACCAUACGCUGCUAGCCCUAACCGAUCGGGCCGUAACCGCUUCCAACAACAUUAACCGCGUCCAGCUGGUGUUGAUGUUGGUGGAGGGCUGUGCGGUCGCCACCCUGCUCGUCACGUACAUGUGGUGGCUGCAGCACCGGGUGACGCAGCAGCGGUACCGAGUGUACGGCGUCUUUAUGGCCGUACCAGUGGGUAUGAUCCGGGCGCUUGCGUCCCGAACCAUCACGAUUAGCCAGGGAUCAGAUUCCGAGGAGGACUCGGACGACGACGAGUACCAGCAGCAACAGCAGCAACAACUGUCAGCCGCGACGCAAGUCAUCACACGACAGUUCAGCGCUGCAAACUCUUCCAGUUCGUUUCAGAGCGCCGGCGGUUUCCUAGGGUUUCUGUCCCAGUGGCGAGUUCUCAGCCGCCGUAACUCUAGUAGCCUCAACCCCGGGGGGGCCGGGCGGACCUCUCGGGCGAGUCGCAAGCUGCACCGGCGGCGCAUGAUCCGCAACAGCCGGGACUCGCUGAAGCUGCUCAUCCCCUUCGUGGUGUGGGGCGUCGCCAUCUGCAUCAUCUACGCGACGGGCUACUACUACCUGCAGCAGGUUCAGGCUCCCGUGAAUUUGCUCUCCGUCAUCGACUCGGCCAUCAUUUCCGUACACCGCCUGAUGCUGUACUCUUUGCUAACGUGCUCGGAGUUGGCGGCUCACGCACGAGUGAUGCUACGUGAGCUGCUGGCCAGUGAACUGCGAACCUUCAAGCUGCAAUGGGAUGUGAUGUUGUACGGCGCCAACGGUACGACGUCGUCGGUGGACCGGCGGUUCGGUCGGAUUCAGGAGGGCGUAUCGUUUAUAGCGGACGACCUGGCGCGGAUCCUGUACCGGGCGGAGAGCUGCAGAGUCUUCGAUACGGAAGGCUGGUGUCCGAAUAUAAGCAGUCCUUUUUAUGCGGCCACGGAGCACGGAUUGUCGUACAUGGUGGAGCGGUUGGUGGAGGACGUAGAGGGGCUGCUUGCUGAGUCCUUGGAGUUCGCCGACAUCAACAGCACCAGGCUGGCGUACAUCAUGACUGUGGGCCAGGGUCCUCUUCAGGACGCUUUUCACGUCGUUCACGCGGAGACCGUUACCAUUGUGGAUAACUACUACAAGGUUGUCGACAAGCUCCACAUCGCCGCCAUGGUGCUGUCCUGGGUGCUCGCGGUUUGCUUCCUGUUCUGCAUGCUGCGUCCCUUCCUGCACCGCAACCGGGGUGAGACCAACCGCAUCGCCAAGAUGUUGUCGCAGCUGCCCGCGGAGGUGGACAUCGAGGGGCUGGUGUUCCGACUUCUGCUGGGGGCUCCGGCCAUGCGCAGGCGAAACCGGCGUGCGAGCGUGUCGUCGCUCGUGGCGGAGGACCCUGUGUUGGCGGCCAAGAUGGCGCAGGCGGAGGCCCAGGCGGAGAAGCUCGAGGAAGCUGGCUUUCCGCAGCCGCUCCACCGCUCCUCCAUGUUCUCUAGCUCCAAAUCCCGCGUAGACAUGAGCGCUGACGCUGCGUACGGCAGCGGCGCUGAUGGCGUCAGCGGCGGUGGCGCUGACGGCGGCGGCGGGAUGUACGGUAUGAUGGACCACGGCCGACGCGGGAGCGCCUUGGGAUUGUACUCGCCGCCGCCGAUGUCACCGUCGAAGUACGGCAGCGGCGGCGGCGGUGGUGGUGGUCAUGGGUUUGGCGGCGAAGGGCGUACGGUCAGCGGUUUGUCCACUGUGGACAGCGGCGGCGGAGGCAGCGCUAGCGGCGGCGGCGGCGGUGGCGGCGGCCAGCGGCGCACGCUUGGCAGUAUGGGGAGAAGUCUGAAGGGGCCCAGCUUGACUUCGGACACCCUGGGCACCAGCAACGGCGACGGCGACGGCAGCGGGGGCGGCGGCGGCGGCUACCAGCAGGGGCGCAAGGUCAAGGGCCGAGCCGCGUGGAUGUGA